ACGCCCUUUGCCAUUGAGGAUGUAGUGGUGCUUAACGCUAGCGAAGAAGAAUUAGAAUUGAUGCAAGCAAAAAUGGAAAUGCGAAAUACAAAACGGAAGGCAGUUAAAAAGCUUAAAAAAGAAGAAAAGACUCAAACAACUGCAAAUAUUGGUAGUUCUGCAAAGCAGAAAUCAAAUAUUGUUGCUAUAAAAGAAGAAAUAGUUUGCGAUAAUUCCGUUGUAAAGGAGAGUGUAGAAAAGAAAGAAAAACCAGCACCAGAAGCACCCUCCACCAGCAAAGCCGCUGCUGGUGAGCAAAAAAUGAAAUUAGUUGCUAACAUGAAGCGGUCGUCUGCGGCUGAAGACGCUUUGGAAGAUCCAGAAUUGAAACGCUUAAAAAACAACUACAGUGUUGCAAAAGAUCCCAAAGCAAGUGAUGUUUUCAAAUCCUUGUUUACCACACACAAAAGUGAGAAAGAACAAUCUCGCGCACAUUGGGUCACUUACAAUCCUUUCUACAAUUAAUUCUACUCUUUAAAAUAUAGGUUUAUCUAGGCAGUUUUAUUUAAAAAUUGUAAUAAAACUAUUCAUCUUUCUUUUAAGCAAA